UAAAGAGUUGUUCAAAAGACUCGGAUCGUUCGAGAACAUCACAACAGUGGUUUCCAUGGUGACCGUUAAUAAUUAUCACCUGCUACAGUUUCUACAGAAGCAACUUGUUAAAAUACGGAGGCUCUAUGGGGCUAACGCUGACCAGGGUGGCCCAGUGGACCACCACCAGCUCCAGCUCAGACAAACUGGAGUCCAGUCCACUGAACGAGUCCUUGUUGAAGGAAAUCCUGGACUUUGUGGAGAAGUUGGGUUCCAAGCACCCAGAGGAGGCAGAGCAUGUGUUUGAGGAGCCGCUUCAGUGGAAGACCGCUUUAGUGGCAUCUGAUUUCCAAGCAGGUUAUGACAUCAGGGACUCAGCUGUACAGUCCCAUGAAAAAGACAGUGAGGGGCAGCCGUUGUUGCAGCUUUCUCCACCUUCUGUUUAUGUUAGCAGCUUCAGCCAGCUCUCUAAACUGCUUCAUCUGGCAGAUGAUAGGAAGCUUCAAGAGGUCCAAACGUGUCUAGAAGAAAAUAGAGACCCCAUGGUGAAGAUUCUUGGUUGGAGCUUUAUCUCUAAGUUGAACAGAACCGAUUCUCCUCCAGAGGUUCUGAGUCUCAGAGACACAUCAGAGGAGGAACACUCAGCUAUGGAGUUAGAUGUCAAAGUCAAGCUGCUCAUCUUGCUCCAAAACAUUGAUAAACAGAUCCUCCACAAGCUUCUUGGAGAAAUAACAGAACAAGUCAAGCUUGACCCCACCGUGGUGAAGAAGGAGGUGGAGUUAUUGAAACAGAGCUGCACAGAAGGAGAGAAGAGGCUGCUGAAGUCACUGAGAUACACAUCAGAUUAUGAAUUUUCAAACGGCUGUCGCGCUCCACUUUGGAGACAGGCGCUGGGUGAGAUUUGUCACCUUGUUGUUGAGCCGUGUGACGGUGAGACCCUCUACAUCACCUGCAGCUCUGCUGGAGUCUUUCUGAAUGCGGGCUUCAAACAGGAAGGAGAUGAGAGUCACUAUGAGAGAAAAAGUGAUUUCUAUGAAGAUUUAGCAACACUUCUAAAAAGCAGAUCUCCACAUUUUGCAGAGAACAUAAACAAACAGAAGGUCCUUGUCUCCAAAGCGUUGAUCUGAUCCCUGCUGCUGUGUGACUCGUGUUUCUGAACAGAGUUGGGAUCGAGGACUCGGUCUCUGUGCUGUUCCUCACCAAUGAGCAGCUGUCUGGUUGUUACUGUGCUGAAACAUGUCUGAUUCAUCCUCCUCAGAGUUCAACCAUCAAAACAGUG